CAUCCACCACGAUACCAAGAACAUGGUCUUCAAAAUCCACGCCCAUAAAAUCAUCAAGGAGAACAUCCACAACCUGACGAACCCUUACGACCUGUACGACCCAUCGCGCAACGCACACCGGCAAGAACGCCAUGAACACGACCAGGUCGUGCAGCAUUUCACUAACGCACUGCCGCAGAAAAAUGGCCUUCCACCAUGCAGCAUGCCGCCACCUUUGACCACAACUGAGACACAGAAGACUCUCACGAGGUACAUCCACCAGAUGAGCAGCUUGAUGGCCUACCCGACCAGCACGAGCGACUACGACGAGCUCACCCCGUAUGCCCACGCCCAGCUGGAUUGCGACAAGAUGAUGGACUACGUCAAUGUCGGCCUUCUGCACAACCCCCACGGAAGGCCAACGCCCUUCGAUACCACACCGUUCGAGAAGGCAGUCGCCAACGACAUGAUACAGCACAUGAAACGCCGACUUGACUAUACCUACAAGCCACCCCAACCCGACUACCCUGCGGAGCAACACUGA